UUGGUGUAGUUUUGAAUUUCCGAUCGGCCAUUUUGUAAUCUUGCUUCAUGUUUUGAGGUUAAGUUGAUUCUAGUUCGUUGAAGAAAAGCACGUUGUUUAGGUAAGGAAAGUUAAAAUUUUCGUUUGUUUUACACCAUAAUUAGUGCUACAUUUGUAGAACUAGUGGUUUUAUUUCUCAGAACAUUUCAAUCAAUUUUGUUUGACGCAAUGUCUGGAAGAGAAGGUGGAAAGAAGAAACCGUUGAAGGCGCCCAAAAAGGAAUCAAAGGAUUUGGACGACGACGAAAAGGCCUUCAAACAGAAGCAGAAGGAAGAACAAAAAGCUCUUCAAGAUGCUAAGGCAAAAGCAUCACAACGUGGUCCACUGGUUGGUGGAGGUAUCAAGAAAUCUGGUAAAAAGUGAUACAACAUAACCUCAACAUUAUUUGGGACAAAUCUCACAAUUUCUAUUAAUUUAUUUUAUUCAAAUAAUUGAUAACUGCUGGAUAUCAACUGCCUAUCUGAUGCUACAGUACUGUUCACAUUUUUGUAUUUGGUAUUUCCACUUUGAUAUUCCAUAACAUUUUGAACCAAUUAUUAUUUUGAAUACGUAUUGUAAUAUGAUCAACGUUUUUGAUUAAAUGUAUUAAUUUAAAA